GAAAAUUUUGUUAAUUAGUUUAGAUACCUUUCCGCACUGAGUGCUGGAUUGUAUGAAAGUGGGAGAAUCCAGCACAUCGCCCACUUGAACAAAGGCUUGAUUACCAGUGUACGAGGAAAGAUCACGUACCGUCAUUUGCCUGCGAAAACAGGAGGACGAAGUUGUUUAUUUUGUUAGCAGCAGCAGCAGCAGCAGCAGGAGGACGAAGAGAUACUUGUGCCGUACUCGGAUUUGGUCGAAGGCCCUGCGCCUAUGGAAGUAGCCCAAGUGGAGCCGGCUUGUACAGUUGAUAGUCAGCCAGUGGAGGAUCCUCCAGCGAUGAAAUUCGUUUGGCCAAUUGAGCACUUUACUAGGUUGAACACCAAAAAGCACUACUCUGACAUGUUCGUUGUUGGCGGCUAUAAAUGGCGGAUACUAAUAUUUCCCAAGGGAAAGAAAGUGGACUACUUGUCAAUGUAUUUGGAUGUGGCAGAUUCCGGGACGUUGCCAUAUGGGUGGAGUAGAUAUGCGCACUUCAGCUUGGCAGUAGUAAAUCAGAUCCAUCCCAAGUACUCAAUAAGAAAGGACACACAACACCAGUUCAAUGCAAGAGAAAGUGACUGGGGAUUCACUUCAUUCAUGCUUCUUGGUGAUCUUUAUGACCAGAGUAGGGGAUAUCUGGUGAACGAUACAGUUGUGGUUGAAGCUGAGAUUUCUGUCUCUAAGGUUCUUGAUUACGGGUCAUAUGACUCGAAAAAGGAAACUGGUUAUGUUGGGCUCAAGAAUCAGGGAGCAAAUGGUCAUAUGAAUUCUCUACUCCAGACUUGGUACCAUAUACCAUACUUCAGAAAGUGUGUGCAUCAUGUGCCGACAACUGAGGAUGGCAUGCCUUCAGGAAGCAUCCCUUUGGCACUACAACGUUUAUUCUAUAAACUUCAAUACAGUGAAAGCAGUGUUGCAACUAAAGAAUUGACCAAGUCUUUUGGUCCCACGCAUGAUUUGUUUAUGAAACAUGACCCGCCGGAACUUAAUAGAGUUCUUAUUGAAAAGCUUGAAGAUAAAAUGAAGGGAACUAUUGUGGAGGGUACAAUACAACAGUUAUUUGAAGGACAUUACAGGAAUUACAUUGAAUGCUUCAAUGUGGACUACAAAUCUACAUGGAAAGAAUCAUUUUAUGACCUCCAGCUUGAUGUGAAAGGCUGUCGGGAUGUUUAUGCUUCUUUUAGUAAGUUUGUGGAAGUCAAACGUCUUGAGGGUGACAACAAAUACCACUCCGAAGAACUCGGUUUGCAGGAUGCUAAGAAGGGUGUCCUGUUUAUUGACUUCCCUCCUGUUCUUCAACUUCAGCUAAAGCGAUUUGAAUAUGAUUUUAUGCAGGAUACUACGGUUAAGAUAAAUGAUCGCUAUGAAUUUCCUCUUCAACUUGACCUUGAUAGGGAGAAUGGAAAAUAUCUAUCACCUGAAUCAGAUAAGAGUGUUCGCAACCUCUACACUCUUCAUAGUGUCUUGGUUCAUAGUGGUGGGGUUCAUGGUGGACAUUACCAUGCUUUCAUCAGACCAACCCUUUCAGACCAGUGGUACAAGUUUGGUGAUAAAUGUGUGACAAAAGAGGAUGCGAAGAGGGCUUUGGAAGAGCAAUAUGGUGGUGAGGAUGAGACCAGUCCUGACUUCAAUAAUACUCCUUUCAAAUUGACAAGAUACUCAGAUGCAUACAUGCUUGUGUAUGUACGGGAAAGUGACAAGGACAAAGUAAUAUGUAAUGUGGAUGAGAAAGACAUAGCCGAACAUCUGAAGAUAAGAUUGAAAAAAGAACAAGAGAUAGAGAAGAAAGAGAGAUUUAAGGAACAAGCAAACCACUACACUAUUAUUAAGGUUGUUCGAGAUGAGGACCUGGCAGAACAAAUUGGAAGGGAUAUAUAUUUUGACCUUGUUGAUCAUGACAAAGUUCGUAAAUUCCAUAUUCACAAACAAACAUCCUUUAAUAAUUUCAAGGAGGAGGUUGCAAAAGAGUUUGGCAUACCACUGCAGUUUCAGCGUUUCUGGAUUUGGGCCAAGAGACAAAACUACACCUAUCGCCCCACUCGACCAUUGACACCUCUGGAAGAAUCACAAUCAGUUGGACAAAUUGAAGGGGUAUCAAAUAAAAUGCACAAUGCGGAGCUAAAGUUGUUUUUGGAAGUAGAGUUUGGACCGAUUCAACGUCCUAUUUCUCUGCCUAACAAAACCGAGGAAGAUAUCCUGCUUUUUUUAAAGCUUUAUGAACCUGAGAAACAAGAACUACGUUUUGUUGGCAGGCUUUUCGUGAAGAGUUUUACCAAGCCAGUGGAGAUUUUAGCAAAGUUCAAUCAACUUGCUGGUUUUUCCCUUGAUGAAGAAAUUGAAAUUUAUGAGGAAAUAAGGUUUAAGCCUUCUGUCAUGUGCCAACGCCUUGACAAGAUGAUCUCAUUUCAGUCGAGCCAGAUUGAAGAUGGGGACAUUAUAUGCUUUCAGAAAUCUACUCCGCUUGAAAUUGACAAAGGAUGUAAAUACCCUGAUGUUCCUUCAUUUUUGGACUAUGUGCACAAUCGCCGGAUUGUUCAUUUCCAUUCUUUGGAGAAACCGACGGUGGAGGAUUUUUGUUUAGAAUUGUCAAAGCUACACACUUAUGAUGAUGUGGUGGAGAAAUUAGCUCACCACAUUGGUUUGGAGGAUCCUACCAAAAUCAGACUCACUGCACAUAACUGCUAUUCUCAACAACCUAGGGCCCAACCAAUCAAAUAUCGGGGAGUAGAGCAUUUAACAGAAAUGUUAACUCAUUACAAUCAAAACUCUGAUAUUUUGUACUAUGAAGUCUUUGAAAUUACCCUGCCAGAAUUGCAAGAUCUGAAACAUCUGAAAGUUGCUUUUCAUCAUGCUACAAAAGAUGAGGUGGAGAUUCACUGUAUUAGAUUGCCUAAACAGAGCAUUGUUGGGGAUGUGAUUAAUGUACUUAAAACGAAGGUAGAGCUGUCUCAUCCAAAUGCAGAACUUCGACUGCUUGAGGUUUUCGAUCACAAGAUCUACAAGAUCUUCCCAAACAGUGAGAAAAUUGAGAAUAUUAAUAACCAGUACUGGACUUUGCGUGCAGAGGAGAUUCCAGAAGAAGAGAAAAACUUGGGUCUCUAUCGUCGCUUGAUUCAUGUUUUCCACUUCACGGUUACUGUAUUGAACCAGAUGGUAGAUCAAGUGCAAAAUUUUGGGGAACCUUUCGUAUUGGUUAUCCAUGAAGGGGAAACUUUAGCUGAAGUUAAAAAAAGGAUACAAAAGAAAUUGCAAGUCCCGGAUGAGGAGUUCUCAAAGUGGAAGUUUGCAUUCUUGUCACUUGGUCGUCCAGAGUACCUGCAGGAUUCUGCUAUUGUUUCCAGACGAUUUCAGAGGAGAGAAUCUUAUGCCACAUGGGAGCACUGCCUUGGGUUGGAGCACUCUGAUAAAGCUCCUAAGAGGGCUCACGCAGCAAAUCAAGCUGCCCAAGUAACCUUAGAGUCCAUGGCGUCUAAUGUUGGCCAUGAGACAGCAAGCAGAGAAAUUGAAAUGCAAAAUGAUGACCUGGAUGGCCCUGCUUCUCCAGCAGUUGAUCGAACUCUGAGAAGACUUUCUGCUGCAGAGGAUCUAUUGAAGUCCACUUCAGCCAGAGGACCAUCAGUAGAGGCUUUGGCUGCAUUAGACACUGUGAGCCGCUAUGCAAGGAGCAGCCUAGACACACUCUGCACGAAUGGGGCUUAUGAGGAGUUCAAAGCAGCCUUGAAACUCGUGACUGAACAAGGGAUGAUCCAUUCAACGAUCACUUCCAUGUUCAAGGAUCUUCUUUCGUCUUUGGAGGGUGAAAUGCCGAAGUACGUGGCCGCAGUAAAAGAGCUUGCCCAAGCUGAAGAUUUUCGAGUCGAACACGAAGGGAUAAUAACUCAAAUGGGACUGGCCAUGCAGAAAUGCCAAGAGAGGAAAGACAUUGUGGCCAAUUAUGAUGCCAAGGUUACAGAACUCGAGGCUGAACUGGUCCGAGUAAAGGCAGAACGAGCUGAGGCAAUGGCGAAUCUAGAAACUGCUGUGGAUGAAAUGGAACCUCUUAAGCAGAGGUUUGCAGAUAGCUCAUUAAAAUCUGAAAACUUGAUUGUGAGGCAGGCUACCUUGACAUUGCAAAAGUGUAGUUCUGUUGGAACCUGGGCCGUCAUACAAGAUGCACUGAAGAAGUACUUUAAGUUUUAGAAAUAUUUGCUUUUGUGAAUAAGCCCUUUCUUGGCCCAAAAGUUUGUAUGAACAUGCAAAGAAAUGAACACGUCGUGCAAAAUUCAGGUAGCUUGUUUCCUCACAUUGCUCGAGUCUGAAUGGGAAGGAAGAUAAUUGUGCUGA